AUGCUUUCCACGCGCCCGCCGUCCCUUCUCAAGCGUUUGUGGCUCAGCACGCUUCGACCGGCUACCGUCUCUAUGAGCGCCGGCACUCAGGCUCAGUCAGCUUCGACUGCCGCGAAGUCGGCGAUUCGUAUCCCUGGUCCUGUCGAGACCAGCAUGCAGCAGAAGCUCAUGGAGGCUUUCAAGCCGCAGCUGAUCCGCAUCUCGAAUGACUCCUCCAAGCACUCCCACCACGCCCCCAUGAAGGCCAUUGGUGGAGGCAGCGGCGAGACCCACUUUGCCGUGGCUAUCGUCUCCUCUGAGUUCGCUGGUAAAACCCAGAUUGCCCGUCACCGCCUGGUGAAUUCGUUGCUUAAGGAUGAGUUCGACAACAUGGGCCUGCACGCUCUCAGCCUGCGGCUCAAGACCCCCGAGGAGUGGGAGGGCGAGAUUGCGAAAGCACAGGCGCAGUGA